AGGAACCGGAAACGAGAACAAACUUUUCCCGGUCAUUUUACGCAGCUAAAGUUGUUUAGUAUUUUCUCUUAUUGAGACACCAACACAUUAAAGAACACGUCUACAACCUGUAAAAACCAUCCCAGCGAGGAAAGUCGUGAGGUUAGCGAGCUAUUUAUUGACAUGCUCUUGCUUAGCCGCCCAUAGUUAGUGAUUAUAGCGUAACGUUAACCGGCUGGCCAGGUAUCAACACAGCCAGUCAGUGCACUUGUUGGUGAUACGUGGAUUCAACCUGAAGAACAAAAAUGAAAGCAGUUGUCUGAGGAUGUUUCUGGACCAUCUGACAUGAAAAAGAAAAUACUUUCAUGUUUUAGAUUUCAACAUGUCCUUGAGUGCAGUCCACUCCACACUGUCUAGUCUGAAAACAUGUCAGACAGAUAUUGGAACGGGGAUGGACAUUGUGACCGACGUUGCUCUGGACGUGGCAGAAACAGCAGGAACUGAGAAUGACGCAGUCCUGAAGAAGCUGGAGGUGAUGAUGCUGGAGUGUGCCAAACUGGACCAGGAGAUCAACUGCUUCGUUGAGGUGGUGAACUGUGUCACUGCAGAGGUGAGGAACCAGGAGCCCGAGGCCAUGUUCAGACUGAAGUCUCUGGUGAAGGAGAAGUUCACUGAGACACACGGCAGUCUGUCUGAGGGAGAGCUGCAGAACCACGUCAAGCUGGUCAGCUUUAAGGAGAACGUCAGAAACGCACUCAAAACAGUGAACCCUGAGGCAGCAGAGAAUAUGGAUGAGGAUAUGGAUGAGGACGUUGCUGUGACGCAGAGUGAAGUUAACUUCACCUGUCCCCUGACUCAGGUGGAGAUGGUGAACCCCAUGAAGAACCAGAAGUGUAACCACCACUACGACCGGGACGCCAUUAUGGGGAUGAUCAAGGCCAGGCAAAACCAGAAGAAGAAGUUACGCUGUCCGGUGGUUGGCUGUGGCAACACGGACGUGAAGCAGGGAGACCUGAUCCUAGAUCAGAUUAUGAAGAGACAGAUCCUGAAGAAGUAGACUACCCAGGCACUAUUCUGGGGUACGCCAACUCAUCAAACCUGACAAUAAUAAUUAGACUUUUAUUUAAUUGAGGAAAAAACAUGACUUUUUCCGUUGUGUCUGAUUGUAUUUGUUCGUCACAGAAUUGCACUAUUCUGAAGUUUUAUAUAACAAAACCUCGCUUUAUUUAUACAUAAGGGAUUCAUAUUUUUUAGUCAGUUCAAUAAAGGUUUAUUGGGGGGGGGUAGCUUAGUGAUUACAGCAUUGGGCCAGUAACUGAAAGGUUGCUAGAUCGAAUCCCUAAGCUGACAAGGUAAAAGAAAAUCUGU